ACGUAGCGCGGACAGCCCUGGGGGCCUUUCUCACUGCUGCCACCCUUUGCGGGACCGAAUUCCCUGCCGGCUGGUGGACGAGGCUGGUCCUGGCUUCUCGGAUUUUCUCGCGUUUUGUGGCGACAAUGGCAAGUAAUGAUGCUGUUUUGAAGAGACUGGAGCAGAAAGGUGCAGAGGCAGAUAAAAUCAUAGAAUAUCUUAAGCAGCAAGUCUCUCUUCUUAAGGAGAAAGCAAUUUUGCAGGCAACUUUGAGAGAAGAGAAAAAACUUCGAGUAGAAAAUGAGAAAUUAAAGAAAGAAAUUGAAGAAUUAAAACAAGAGCUAAUUCAAGCAGAAAUUCAAAAUGGAGUGAAGCAAAUACCACUCCUGUCUAGUACUCUGCUGCAAGGUAAUUCUCCAGCUUCUGAAAAUAUGGUACAGUCUACAACAGUAGCUAUCUCUUCUGGUCCCAAAGAACAGAUAAAAGGAGAGGGAGGAGAAGAGAAGAAGGUGAAGGAGAAAGCUGAUAAGAAAGGAGAGAAGAAGGAGAAAAAACAGCAAGCCUUAGCAGGAAGUGCUGACUCUAAACCAAUAGAUGUGUCCCGUUUGGACCUUCGAAUUGGUUGCAUUCUUGCUGCCAAAAAACACCCAGAUGCUGAUUCUUUAUAUGUAGAAGAAGUAGAUGUUGGAGAAACAGCCCCAAGAACAGUUGUCAGUGGGCUGGUGAAUCAUGUUCCUCUCGAACAGAUGCAAAAUCGGAUGGUGAUUUUACUUUGUAAUCUGAAACCUGCAAAGAUGCGAGGGGUCUUAUCUCAAGCAAUGGUGAUGUGUGCCAGCUCACCUGAGAAAGUUGAAAUUUUGGCUCCUCCAAAUGGAUCUAUUCCUGGAGAUAGAAUUACUUUUGAUGCUUUCCCUGGAGAGCCUGACAAGGAGCUGAACCCUAAAAAGAAGAUUUGGGAGCAGAUUCAGCCUGAUCUUUACACUAAUAAUGAGUGUGUGGCCACCUACAAGGGGGCACCCUUUGAGGUGAAAGGAAAGGGUGUGUGUAGGGCUCAAACCAUGGCCAACAGUGGAAUCAAAUAAAACAAAUGUGUUACUGAAAUACAUUGGAGAAAACUUUAAAGACAAUAAAAAGGAAUAUAUUUGUCACUUAUACAUAAAA